UCCCUUCUGUCCCUGCCUGGCUCCAGCUGCGGAGUGCUGCAGUCGGCCUGUCUUGUCUGCCUCUGAGCCUGCUGGGAGCUUGGGGGAGAAACCGUCGAGGGAGAGCGAGCAAGGGGGGAAGUGUGUGUGUGGGUGCCAAAACUGGAAACCAUUACCAAAAAGCACACACGCACGGUUCAGACCGACUUUAAAGCACUCCGGACGGAUUGUUGGCACUACUUUACCAAGAGCUGUAAAAAGCCGCCACGGAGAAACUUGCGUGAUUGUUUUUUCUUCUUCUGUGGUAGCAGCAGUGCUGUUGCUCCGCCGACUGCUCUGUUACUUGAGUGGAUUCAUUGGUUGGAACAGCAUUGCGCAUUGACGCCGUUGUAUAUCCACGGGGAAAAGGAACAAUGAAGAACUAAGUGUAUUCUUCUUGCUGCUUUAAUUCGAGCUUUUUGCAAACUUAGAUCCUUUCAAGGUGUAAUUUUGUAUUGCGCCUCUUUUUCUCCCACCCGCGUUCAUUUUUCUCGACCUGUGUGGGAUGCGUCGCCUGCUGUAGGAUUCCGCUUGUUGACAAACAGUUCUUUUUCUGAAAAUAAGUUUACAACAAGCAUCGGACUGAAGAAGACAGAAAAUGUCCUCACCGAGGUUUAAAAAGGAUAAAGAAAUCAUCGCGGAUUACGAGAGUCAAGUCAAAGAGAUCCGGGCUCAGUUGGUGGAGCAGCAGAAAUGUCUGGACCAGCAGACGGAGAUGCGGGUCCAGCUGCUGCAGGACCUGCAGGACUUCUUCAGGAAGAAGUCAGAGAUUGAGAUGGAGUACUCCAGAAACCUGGAGAAACUGGCCGAACGCUUCAUGGCAAAGACUCGCAGCACCAAGGAUCACCAGCAGUACAAGAAAGACCAGAACCUGCUGUCCCCGGUCAACUGCUGGUAUCUGCUGCUGAAUCAGGUGAGGAGGGAGAGUAAGGACCACGCCACGCUGAGCGACAUCUACCUCAACAACGUCAUCAUGAGGUUCAUGCAGAUCAGCGAGGACUCCACACGGCUACUCAAGAAGAGCAAGGAAAUAGCUUUUCAGCUCCAGGAAGACUUAAUGAAGGUCCUUAAUGAGCUAUACACAGUGAUGAAGACGUACCACAUGUACCACACGGAGAGCAUCAGCGCCGAGAGCAAGCUGAAGGAUGCAGAGAAGCAGGAGGAGAAGCAGAUCGGCAGGGGAGAACCCGUCUUCAGCAUCCGAAUGGAGGACAAAUACCAGAGGCGCAGCUCUGUGAAAAAGAUCGAGAAGAUGAAGGAGAAGCGUCAAGCCAAGUACUCCGAAAACAAGCUGAAGUCGAUCAAAGCGCGCAACGAGUACCUGCUGACUUUGGAAGCGUCAAACUCCUCCGUCUUCAAAUACUACAUCCAUGACUUGUCGGACUUAAUUGAUUGCUGUGAUUUGGGGUACCACGCCAGUCUGAACCGGGCCCUGCGGACCUACCUGUCAGCCGAAUACAACCUGGAGACAUCCCGGCAUGAGGGUCUUGACAUCAUAGAGAACGCUGUGGACAGUCUGGACCCCCGAAGUGACCGACAGAGGUUCAUGGAGAUGUACCCAACGGCUUUCUGCCCACCGGCUAAGUUUGAGUUCCAGCCUCAUAUGGGAGACGAGGUGUGUCAGAUCUCAGUGCAGCCACCGGUGAAUGGAGAGCUCAUCCUGAGAUUCCAGCAGCUUCAGUCUCGCUUGGCUACUCUAAAUAUUGAGAACGAAGAGAUCAAAAAAACAUCUGAGGCCACCCUGACCACCAUCCAGGACAUGGUGACUAUCGAGGACUACGACGUGUCCGAGUGUUUCCACCACAGCCGAUCCACGGAGUCGGUCAAAUCCACCGUUUCGGAGACGUACCUCAGCAAGCCCAGCAUCGCAAAGAGGAGGGCCAAUCAGCAGGAGACGGAGCAGUUCUACUUCAUGAAAUUCCGGGAGUUUCUGGAGGGCAGUAAUCUCAUCUCCAAACUGCAGGCCAAACAUGACUUGCUGAAGAGGACACUUGGUGACGGCCACAGAGCCGACUACAUGACCACAAGACAUCCCAAUGGGCAGUUCAGAACCCACACCGGCACCCGGCGGGCUAGACCCCGCUCUGUUUUUAAUGUUAGGUUAUUUAAUGGCAAUUUGGAGUCAUUUAUCAAGGACUCUGGACAAGCUAUCCCCCGCGUGGUUGAAAGCUGUAUUCGCUGCAUUAAUUUGUAUGGCCUUCAACAUCAAGGAAUAUUCCGUGUAUCUGGAUCCCAUCUGGAAGUCAAUGACAUCAAGAACUCGUUUGAAAGAGGAAACGACCCGCUGGCGGACGAUGAUAAUAAUCAUGACAUCAACUCGGUGGCUGGCGUUCUCAAACUUUACUUCCGUGGUCUGGAGAACCCUCUUUUCCCAAAAGAGAGGUUCAAUGAUCUGCUGUCUUGCAUCAGAAUAGAGAGCCUGUACGAGAGAUCGCUGUACAUCCGUAAGAUCCUCCUGACCAUUCCCAGAUCAGUCCUCAUCGUCAUGCGCUACCUCUUCGCCUUCCUCAACCACCUGUCCCAGUAUAGUGAUGAGAACAUGAUGGACCCGUACAACCUGGCCAUAUGUUUCGGACCCACGCUCAUGCCCACACCAGAAACCCAGGACCAGGUCUCCUGCCAGGCCCACGUCAACGAGAUCGUCAAGACCAUCAUCAUCCACCAUGAGACCAUCUUUCCAGAUGCCAAAGAACUGGAGGGGCCACUCUAUGAGAAGUGUAUGGCUGGAGGAGACUAUUGUGAAAGCCCCUACAGUGAGCACGGAGCCCUGGAGGAAGUAGAAAAUGAGGGAGGGACAGAAACACACACCAGCGAGGACGAGGGUGAACCCAUUGAAGCCAUCGCCAAGUUUGACUACGUCGGGCGCUCUUCCCGAGAGUUGUCCUUCAAGAAGGGCGCCUCCCUGCUGCUGUAUCAGCGGGCGUCGGAAGACUGGUGGGAGGGACGGCACAACGGCAUUGAUGGCCUGGUGCCACACCAGUACAUCGUGGUCCAAGACAUAGAUGACAGCUUCUCAGACACUCUGAGUCAGAAGGCUGACAGCGAGGCCAGCAGCGGCCGCGCCGGGGAGGAGAAAUGCUCGGGAAAAGACUUGGGCUCGCCCUCUGACAUCAGGAUCUCUGAGGCCUAUAUCACCAGCCGGCAUAAGAAAAGAUCAGAACCACCCUCACGGCGGCCCCCUGCCCGGCCCAGUGAUGUCCACUGCAUGGUGCAUCCCUCCCAGCACGGACACGGAGGACAUGUAGGCACCCCGGAGAUGGGCUCCCCAGUUCUGGGCCACUUCAGCCCGCGAGACAUGCUGCGGACUCGCAACCACCUGCCCAUGGACAGCCCUGAGCAGCGCCGGCGCCGCACCGGCCACGGCAGCCUGACCAACAUCAGCCGCCACGAGUCACUGAAGAAGAUGGAGAGCCCCCCGAUCCGCCGCUCCACCUCUUCGGGACAGUACACAAGCUUCAGUGACCCCCACCACCUCCACCACCACGGCGGCAAGCCCCUGGACCCGGAGACCAUCGCACAGGACAUAGAGGAAACUAUGAACACCGCCCUGAAUGAGCUGCGUGAGCUGGAGAGACAGAGCUCGGCCAAGCACGCCCCCGACGUGGUGCUGGACACCCUGGAGCAGCGGCAGACCUCUGGCGGCAGCGGCGGGGGUCCCACGCCGGCCAGCUCCAGCGAGUCCCUCAGCCCUAUCCACGGUGUCACGCUGCGGUCCACCGCCAACACGGAGCCACCCAUCCGCCGCAGCACCAGCUCCUCCAGUGACACCAUGAGCACCUUCAAGCCUCUGGUGGCGCCCCGCAUGGGAGUGCAACUCAAACCCCCCACCCUGAGGCCCAAGCCAAUGGUGCUGCCCAAGACGAGCCAGGCCUCGCCACCUCCAGCUACGUCUGCUCAGGACCCUUUGGACAAGUCCUGCACCAUGUAACCUCCAAGGCAGAAAUGUAAAGCAAAAACUCUCAACUCUCGAAUUCCAGGAGCUGCAAAAAUGCUACCAUUGUCUUCAUAGAUUUACAGAAUAUAAUAUCUGAGAACGUGUAAAGUAGAUGGACAGGAAAGGCGUUUCAGUGUGGUGUUUUAGAGCAUCAUAAAGAGGACAGGAGUAUGCUAACAGAUCUUCGGUGCACAGUUAUGUGUUAAUAUGCUUAGGUUAAUAUUAUCUAACUUUUUUUCUAUUUUCUGUAAAGACAUUCAAACAACAAAUCACAAAGGCUUCCUUCAUGGUUUUAGAAAAAUAUACACUAGGUAGUUUGGUUUACAGACAUUCAUGAACUUUGAACACGCCGCAUGUAGCUCCUCUGUUUACCACUGGACCUGAAGCGGAGCUCUGUGGGAACUGGAUCCUCAGCAGUGGCGUCUCACUCCAGAUUAUAAUUUUUUUAAACUUUUUGCUCUCCUUUAGCAGAGCCAGUGAAGGUGUUUUGAACUGGUUAAAAGGCCUUUAAAAACAAAUAUUAUUAUGUUGCUGUGACUACCUGGAAAGAAAUGGUUCGAAGGUUGAAACCCUUAACAGCUAACGGUACUGUGUUAAUAGCUGAUAGUACUGAUAGCAGUGUGUUUUCUUCACUAGUGUACACAUUUUUAUUUUGGCAAAGCAUACCAUCUCCUGUGUGUCAGAAAUGUACAAACUUCACCUCCGUGCUGGAUUCACUUACAUUUAUUUUGAACAUAUUGCCUGGAAGGAGAUAUGACUAUUGGAUUAAACCACUACUUCACUAUGUUUGAUGUAUUCUUGAAUUCAGGCAUACAAUAAGCCUAAUAAUAACUUAAGCCUCUGCAUCUGUAUAAAAAAAGUGUGAAAAACUAUGACAAAUGAUCUCCUAUAUACUAAACAAAGCUAUAUGUGGAACACAUCAUAGCUUCUCAUACGCCUUGCUUGGCUUUACUUACCCAAAGAUAUGACCGUACACAGCAUGGAUGUUGUCCCUCCUUGUAUGACGUAGCCGUUCUUCAUAGUCCCUUGUGUAUAGAGUCAUGGCUACGCCCUGUGGGAGCACUGCCAGUAGCCAUGGACCUGAUGACUGUUAGCGUGAACGCCUGAUGCUUGUCCUGAAACAGAGCUGACUUUGUGUCUGCUUCAUGUUCAGGAGAGACUGUCAAUAUUUGUUGUGUUAUUGUCCUCCAGGAUUUUCCGCAUUUGUGGAUGAUGACAACUCUAAAUGCUUGACAUGUGAAACAGGAUCAAUGGUGUGUGUGUGUGUGUGUGUGUGUGUGUGUGUGUGUGUGUGUGUGUGUGUGUGUGUGUGUGUGUGUGUGUGUGUGUGUGUGUGUGUGUGUGUGUGUGUGUGUGUGUGUGUGUGUGUGUGUGUGUGUGUGUGUGUGUGUGUGUGUGUGUGUGUGUGUGUGUGUGUGUGUGUGUGUGUGUGUGUGUGUGUACACGCACACACACGCACAGUAGCCCCCUGAAGCUGUCUGUGCCAGAGCUGAGACUCUGUGACUGCGACCCUGAUGUCUUUUUUUUUUUGUAUAACCUCAGUACUGUAGAGAAAAAACAAACUGGGUUUAUGCCCUGGGAUUGUUUGUCUAGCAUAACAACACCGCAAAAACUUUCUAAUAGCAGGUUUACACUAUUUUUGACUUGAUAAUGUGUGUAUAAUAAUCAAAAGAUGAUUCAUUUCUGACUUACUAACUUUCAUUAUUUUUGUAAUCAUUUUCUGUUUCUGGGUAGAAAUGACUUAGAACAAAUGAUGUAGAAUAAAUAUCCAGAGAUACAGUAUGAAGCCAGUUGUAAAAGAAAAAAUGAAGAAGUGCUUUUGUCACUAAGUUGUUAUCAUCAACAGUAGGACUCAGUGAUGCCCUGUAGGCUUUAAGCUGUAGUAUGUACACCUGUAGUAUGUACUUGUGAAAGUGCCUUUAAAAAUGUUUUAGAGGAACUUCAGACAUUCUGUUACCUGUUCAUGUCAGAAGAAAACACAUGAAUAAGUAACAAUGCCAUUUUCUCACAGCAGUUAUAUGACAGAAAUAAUAAUAAAUAAACGGCUUACCCAUUGUGACAUUGCACUUUUAUGUAUAUAACUGUAUAUAUGGCAUGUAACAUCAUAACGUGUAGAGUUCUCUGAGGACUCAUAACUCCGAGGAUUUCUUUCUAAUAAAGGAAAUAGUUUGUUGAGCUCCA